UUUUAAUUUACACAACCACACGACGAGGUGAGAGAAAGUAUGGCGGAUCAAACCCCACAAUUCCCUCCUCUCUCCACUCCGUACGCUCCUCCUCCAUUCUCCUUCCCCCACCUCUCUCCUCCCCUUCCCCAACCCAUCCCUAGCCCUAACCCUAACCCUAACCCUAACCCUAAUUCCACCUUCCACCUCCAAAUCCCCUUCCAAGGCAAGCGCAAGCGCACCGGGUUCCGCCGCAAAGCCUCCCACCCAUCCACCUCCGAGGUUACUCCUCCUCUUCCUCCUCCAACUCCUCCUCCUCCUCCUCCUCCUUCGCUCCCCUUCUAUCCCCCACCCAGCGGCCCCAACCCCAUCAAGAACCCACUCGAAAACCCUAGCCUCGACCUCUCCGAGGAGAUCAUCGUCAUCAACAAGGAGCCCACCGCCGAGGCCCUCACCGCGCUCACCGCCGGGUUCCCCGCCGACUCCCUCACCGAGGAGGAGAUCGAGGCCGGGGUCGUCUCCUCGGUCGGCGGCAUCGAGCAGGUGAACUACAUCCUCAUCCGGAACCACAUCCUCUCCCGAUGGAGGGAGAACGUGAACAAUUGGGUCACCAAAGAGAGCUUCACCUCCGUGAUCCCGCCGCACUGCGAAACCCUCUUGAAUUCGGCGUACAAUUACUUGGUCUCUCACGGGUUCGUCAACUUCGGAGUCGCCCCGUCGAUCAAGGAGAAGAUUCCCGCAGAACCCUCAAAACCCAAUGUGGUUGUCAUCGGGGCUGGAUUAGCCGGUUUAGCUGCCGCGAGGCAGUUGAUGCUUUUCGGGUUCAAAGUUGUCGUCUUGGAGGGUCGGAAGAGGUGCGGGGGCAGAGUGUACACGAAGAGAAUGGAGGGGGCAAAUAAAUCUGCGGCCGCGGAUUUGGGCGGUAGUGUAUUGACCGGCACGCAUGGAAACCCUCUGGGAAUCAUAGGCAAACAGUUGGGUUUGUCUCUCUACAAGGUGAGAGACAAGUGCCCACUUUAUAGGCCGGACGGUAAUCCCGUUGAUCCAGAUAUGGACGGUAAAGUGGAGAACGCAUUCAACAAGCUUCUUGAUAAAGCGAGCCGGCUGAGGCAGUGCAUGGGAGAGGUUGCUAUGGAUGUCUCCCUUGGCGCUGCUUUGGAGACCUUCAGGCAUGUUUACGGUGAUGCUGUUACUGAUGACGAGGUGAACUUGUUCAAUUGGCACUUGGCAAAUUUAGAGUAUGCUAAUGCCGGGCUUUUAUCAAAGCUCUCGUUGGCGUUUUGGGAUCAAGAUGAUCCAUUUGAUAUGGGUGGCGAUCACUGUUUCUUGCCCGGAGGCAAUGGGCGGUUGGUUCAGGCUCUAUCCGAGGGCGUUUCAAUUAUUUACGAAAAGACCGUGCACACGAUUCGGUAUGGUGUGGAUGGCGUGCAGGUUAUUGCAGGCGGGCAGGUUUAUGAGGGGGACAUGGCCUUGUGCACGGUUCCGCUCGGCGUUCUCAAGAAUGGGAGUAUAAAGUUUGUGCCUGAGCUGCCUCAGAGAAAGCUCGAUGGGAUUAAGAGGUUAGGGUUUGGGUUGUUGAACAAGGUCGCAAUGUUGUUUCCGUAUGUCUUCUGGAGCACAGAUCUUGAUACAUUCGGGCAUUUGUCUGAUGAUCCAAGCAAAAGAGGGGAGUUUUUCCUGUUCUAUAGUUAUGCAACGGUGGCCGGUGGGCCGUUGUUAAUAGCAUUGGUUGCAGGGGAAGCAGCACAUAAGUUUGAAAGCAUGCCUCCGACUGAUGCUGUGACCCUAGUUCUUCAAAUUCUAAGGGGAAUUUAUGAACCACAAGGAAUUGAAGUUCCUGACCCUCUCCAAAGUGUUUGCACUAGAUGGGGAACUGAUUCAUUCAGCUUAGGCUCAUAUUCUCAUGUCGCUGUGGGAGCAUCUGGCGAUGACUAUGAUAUCUUAGCAGAAAGUGUCGGAGAUGGGCGGCUUUUCUUUGCCGGUGAGGCCACCACAAGGCGCUAUCCUGCAACAAUGCAUGGUGCUUUCAUUAGUGGCCUAAGAGAAGCCGCUAACAUAGCUCAUCAUGCUAAUGCUCGAGCUUUGCAAAUAAAAGUGGAAAGAAGCCCCUCAACGAACACUCAGGCUUGUGCUUCUCUACUAGCAGAUUUAUUUAGAGAACCUGACUUGGAAUUCGGAAGCUUUUCUGUCAUUUUUGGCCAAAAGACCUCUGAUCCCAAAUCUGCGGCGAUCCUUAGGGUGGCAUUAGGUGGAACGCGAAAGAAAAGUAGCAGCGACGGGGUGAAGACGGAUCGACAGCGCUCAAAUAAGCUACUGUUUCAGCAACUCCAAUCGCAUUAUAAUCAGCAACAACAGCUUCAUGUGUAUACCCUGCUCACUCGGCAACAAGCUUUGGAGUUGAGAGAAGUGAGAGGAGGAGAUGAGAUGAGGUUGUAUUACUUGUGUGAAAAGUUGGGUGUGAAGUUGGUGGGUAGAAAAGGCUUGGGACCAGCAGCCGAUUCUGUUAUUGCUUCCAUUAAGGCAGAGAGAGGCAACCGAAGGGCGAGUUCUAAUUCCACAGAUCGAAUGGUUGAUACAAAGCCAUGAAUGUGUCUGUUAGCUUUGGUCAUGAAUGAAGCAUAAUCAUCAUCAGCUGGAGGGUGUCCUUUUACGGCACUCUGUAAAGUUUCAAGCUUCAUGGGUAGGAUGGUGCAUGUUGGCAACAAAGUCCUGAGAUCUAUCCAAGCAAGAUUGAUUUAUAUCAGAUCAUGGCAUAUAGUGCUAUCAUGUUAGCGAUAUGCCUCUCAUGGUUUUGCUUCAAAGGCAUCAUAUAAAGUUCAAUGUUGGUAGCGCGAUGGAGCUUACCGCGAAACUUUUUGUUAUUAUUUUAUUAUUUUUCCCAGAACGUAACAUUUUACUUGUGGAACUUAACAGUUUACUUGCGGAACUUUGUCACAUAGUGUAUUUUUGUUCAUAGGAGAUUAUUUUUUCCACUGAAGUGGGAGAUGAUUUUUAUUGAUUUGGCAAUUAUUCAGCAGUAUA